UCGCCCGCGAACUCGGAGUCGGAGGCAUCAUGGAGGCCGCGGCGGCUGCGGCGGCGUCGAUGACCGGGGCCGGGAAGGGGGGAGGGGACGCGGGCGCGGGCACGGCGCUGUCGUUCCUGUCGAGGGGGUGGAGGGAGGUGCGGGACUCGGCGAGCGCCGACCUGAGGCUGAUGCGGGCGCGGGCGGACUCGCUGCGGACGCUGGCCGACAGGGAGCUGGAGCAGCUGCUGGUGUCGGCCUCCACCACGGUGGCCGCGCCGGCGCCGCCCGUCGCCGCGGGGGCGCCCAUCGCGGAGGUGGAGUUCGUGCGCAACCGGAUCCAGCCCAGGAUCUCCGAACUGCGCCGCCACUACGCGUCCGGGGACCUGGCCGACCUCGCCAUCGGCAGGAGGGUGCUCGAGGGCUGGGCGGUGCCGACGCAGCCCAGGGGCGCCACCACCGCCCGCGUCGACCUCUCCGGGGUCACCGCCAUACGCAACGCCCUCGUCUCCGACGUCGGAUGGAGGCGCGCCGCCGCGUGGGGCGGAGACGCGGAGGAGGACAAGGAGUGGGAGGUGGUGAGGAUGAUUCGCGGCGGGCUGAGGGAGUUGGAGCGACGCAGCCAGGGCAGCGAGAUUUUGGGGGGACUCCCUGGCCCCGGCGAGCUCGUCGACAAAUUCAAGUCGAGCCUGAAAUCAUUUAACAUGGAGCCUCUUGGAUCUAAGGAAGUUCCGCCUCUUGAUCUGAAUGAAAUUAUGGCAAAUCUAGUGAGGCAAUCUGGGCCAUUUUUGGACCAACUUGGUGUAAGGAGAGAACUACGUGACAAACUAGUGGAGACAUUGUAUAGCAGACAAAAUCAUUCCCUUUCAGCAGAUUCAUCCCUGCUCGGAGAUGAUAGCUCAACAGAUGAGCUUGAUCUAAGAAUUUCUAGUGUGCUUCAAAGUACUGGCUAUCACACAGAUGAUGGUUUAUGGAACGAGCCUUCAAAAUACGAGGUUUCAGACAAUAAAAGGCAUGUUGCGAUAGUCACCACAGCAAGCCUACCAUGGAUGACAGGAACAGCAGUUAAUCCAUUGUUCCGGGCAGCAUACUUGGCAAGAAGUGCAAAACAAGAUGUCACGCUGGUGGUGCCUUGGCUUUGCAAGUCAGACCAAGAACUUGUGUAUCCAAAUAGCAUGACCUUCAGUUCACCAGAAGAGCAGGAAACAUAUAUAAAGAAGUGGCUGGAGGAAAGGCUUGGGUUUGAAUCAAAUUUCAAGAUAUCCUUUUAUCCUGGCAAGUUCUCUAAAGAGCGUCGUAGCAUCAUUCCUGCUGGGGAUACAUCACAGUUCAUUUCAUCAAGAGAAGCUGAUAUUGCAAUAUUGGAAGAACCAGAACAUCUGAACUGGUAUCAUCACGGGAACCGUUGGACUGACAAGUUCAAUCAUGUAGUUGGUGUAGUUCAUACAAAUUACCUAGAAUAUAUCAAGAGAGAGAAGAAUGGUGCUGUUCAAGCUUUCCUAGUUAAACACAUCAACAAUUGGGUGACCAGAGCAUACUGUGACAAGGUUUUACGUCUCUCUGCCGCAACUCAGGAUCUUCCCAAGUCUAUUGUUUGCAACGUUCAUGGUGUAAAUCCAAAGUUCCUUAAGAUCGGAGAUAAACUAAUGGCUGACAGGGAGAACGGGCAGCAGUCAUUUUCCAAGGGAGCAUAUUUUCUGGGAAAAAUGGUCUGGGCCAAAGGGUACAGGGAACUGUUAGGUUUGUUGGAUAAACGCAGAAUUGACUUGCAAGGAUUCAAGUUGGAUGUAUAUGGUAGUGGGGAGGACUCACAUGAAGUCCAAUCUACUGCCAAGAAGCUUAACCUGAAUGUCAACUUCUUUAAAGGAAGGGACCAUGCAGAUGACUCACUCCAUGGGUACAAGGUUUUCAUUAACCCAAGCAUCAGCGAUGUCCUGUGCACAGCCACAGCCGAAGCUCUCGCAAUGGGGAAAUUCGUCGUCUGUGCGGAGCACCCAUCGAACGAAUUCUUCAUGUCGUUCCCGAACUGCCUGACAUACAGAACACCCGAGGAAUUCGUCGCCAGAGUGAACGAGGCCAUGGCCAGAGAACCCCAGCCUCUCACUGCCGAGCAAAGGUACAACCUAUCAUGGGAGGCAGCAACGGAGAGAUUCAUGGAGUAUUCGGACCUCGACAAGGUUCUCAGCCAGCCUGCAGAAGGCGUGCACAGAAACAAAGCCAGAAGAGCCCUUCAGCCUAACUUGUCGGACAUCAUGGAUGGAGGAUUGGCGUUUGCCCAUCACUGCCUAACUGGUAACGAGGCUCUCAGGUUGGCCACGGGGGCGAUUCCUGGUACACGCGACUACGACAAGCAGCACUGCGUGGACAUGGGCCUUUUGCCACCUCAGGUUCAGCACCCUGUAUAUGGUUGGUGAUGGAAACCUGCAUGCACAAGUUAAUCUUUUAGUUGUAGGUACUGGGGUACAUUUAUGUAGGUGACGAGUCAUGUAGAUCUUUGUAAAGUCUCGUACUGUACAUGGUAAUUAGUACUAAAGCUAUUGUCAUAAUCGUAGCAUUGUAUUGUACUGCUUGUAAAAAUAUUAUAAGUAAAAGUCGGAGUUUCAGGUAUGUUACAUCGGUACUAUGGUCCUUGUCUUGUUAUUUUUAAAUUUAUUUCUUGGUUUUGUCUUCUAGAUCGCUACGAACAUAAAUA